UAAACUGUUGGUAAUGUCUCCCAUCAAUUCUUUUAUGUGGCCAAUAAAGUCUCAUAAGAAUAUGAAGGAAUGUUCCUAAAGUUCUUAACGUCUUUGAUCACCUAAAUUACAAACCAGACGGCCAUAAACAAGUGCAAAUGACUUGGGGAUCUUUACCUGUUGCAGUCACCAAAUUGGCCUGGAAGAAUAUAUACAAAUAGCAAAGUACAAAGUACAAAGCCAUGGUCUUAAUAAAACACUACAAAUAGCACCAUCCUUGGAAGCUCAAGCACCCCAUCCAGCAUAUCAAAUAUCAAUAGUAAAAGUUUCAAGUUCUCUAAUAUGGCUUCAGGGACAUCCUCCCUCAAACUCUAUAUUCUUUUGUUAUCUUCAUUUGCCAUUGUCCAAAUGGUCUUGGCAGGGGAUCCUGAUAUUCUCACUGAUUUUAUAGUCCCUCUAAACCAAAACAAAGUUGAUGGAAACUUCUUUACUUUUACAGGGAUGCGAGUUCUUGUGAAUGAAGGCUACCCCACAAAUUUUACAGUCCUCAAAGCUAGCAUGGUAGAAUUCCCUGCUCUAAAUGGUCAGAGUGUCUCUUAUGCUGUUCUCCAAUACCCGGCUGGUACUCUCAACCCUCCGCACACUCAUCCUCGCUCAGCUGAGCUCCUUUUCCUUGUGUACGGAAACCUGGAAGUGGGUUUUGUUGACACAACCAACAAGCUUUUCACUCAGAGUCUACAAGUCGGUGAUAUGUUCAUCUUCCCUAAGGGACUAGUGCACUAUCAGUACAAUGCUGAUCCAAAGAAUCCAGCUAUGGCAAUUUCUGCUUUUGGGAGUGCAAAUGCAGGAACCGUAUCACUUCCUAAAACCCUUUUUGCCACCGAUAUCGAUGACACCAUCUUGGCUAAAUCCUUCAAAACUGAUGUUGUUACCAUUCAAGCUCUCAAGGCUGGUCUUACAUCUAAGUAG